AAAAUAACUCAACCUAAGCAGAAUAAAACGUCUGGGGGAAAGAAGUCAACUGACGGAAAAUAAAUAAAUCGAAUAAUAUGGUAAUAACGUGGCAGAAAACGCUAAGUGAUAACAAAUAAAAAAAAAUGGAAAACGUGCAAAAAGGAACGAAAACGAAAAAUAAAAUAAAAUAAAAUAAAAUAAAAUCCCCAACAACGCCUCAGAUCCCCGCUCCCCCAGAUCAACGGAGCCUCCUCUCCCCCGGGCAAAAGUCUUGCCAACCGAGGACCUUCGUUUUCCCCACCCCAAAUUUCCAGGCAAAUCUCUCGAUUCUUCUCAGAUCCAGCGCCCCAUGACCACCGAUCCGCUCCCAAAACCCUAAUCCUAAGCCCAUUCCUCCUCCCCGAUUCCUCCCCUCAAACCCUAUUGCCACAAAUCCACCCAAUAUAUCAAGAAUUAGCGAGAAGUGGGGUAUAUAUAGAGAGCUCAAGAAGCGAAUAGAGGCGCCGGAGGCGGGGGCGGCGAGACGAGGGAGGAGAUGAGCGGCAAGGGGAACUCGCCGUCGGCGUCUCUGGUGACGGGGCGGCUGUUCACCGUGGGGCUGGUGACGGCUUGGUACUCGUCCAACAUUGGGGUGCUUUUGCUCAACAAGUAUCUUCUCAGCAACUAUGGAUUCAAGUACCCGAUCUUCCUCACUAUGUGCCACAUGACGUCGUGCUCUCUCCUCAGCUACGUCGCGAUUGCCUGGCUCAAGCUGGUCCCGAUGCAGACCGUGCGGUCCCGGCUUCAGUUCUGGAAGAUCGCGGCGCUGAGUCUCGUCUUCUGUGGAUCUGUCGUCAGCGGCAACGUCUCUCUGCGCUACCUGCCCGUGUCGUUCAACCAGGCGGUCGGGGCGACGACGCCGUUCUUCACGGCGGUGUUCGCCUACAUCAUGACUCUCCGCCGCGAGGCCUGGAUCACCUACGUCACCCUCAUUCCCGUCGUCACCGGUGUCAUCAUUGCCAGCGGGGGUGAGCCAAGUUUCCAUUUAUUUGGUUUUAUCAUGUGCAUUGGUGCAACUGCUGCAAGGGCAUUAAAGUCAGUGUUACAAGGGAUCUUGUUGUCCUCUGAGGGGGAAAAACUGAACUCAAUGAAUCUCCUUCUACACAUGGCUCCAAUAGCAGUUAUUUUCUUACUUCCAGCAACGCUUUUUAUGGAGGAAAAUGUGGUUGGGAUUACAAUAGCACUUGCUAGAGAAGAUAUAAGAAUUAUAUGGUACCUGUUAUUUAAUUCUGCUCUGGCAUAUUUUGUGAAUUUGACCAACUUUUUGGUGACCAAACAUACCAGCGCAUUGACACUCCAGGUUCUUGGAAAUGCCAAAGGUGCUGUGGCUGUGGUAGUUUCAAUUUUAAUAUUCAGGAAUCCUGUAUCAGUGACUGGGAUGCUUGGUUACACCCUCACAGUUAUUGGGGUCAUUCUUUAUAGUGAAGCAAAGAAACGUAACAAGUGAGCAUCUCUGGAACACGGAAUCUGGUGUUCAUUGUCUUAUACGCUGAAAGGCAAUAGCUUUACCAAAAACCUGAGGUUGCGUGGCACGUGCUUGCAACUGAGGCAUGUCUUGCACCCUAUUCUUUACUGGGAACCUGGACAGGGUUUUCGUUUGCAUCCACAAUGAAGACCAGUUAGCUAACAGGGUAGAGAAAAUUUUCAGUAAAUAACAGAUUGGCCGUAAUUAUCCUCUGUGGGGUGGAUGCUCUCCCCAGAUCAUCCGGAUGGAGGAUUGGAUGUUUGUAGUUCUUUGCACAAGGACAGGGUUUUAUUUUACUAAUAUUUUUAUUUGAAUUCUUUUUUCCAAUUUGUUGGUGAGAUGAUCGUUACUUCCAAAAAAUUCUUGAUGUGGUGAGGA